AUGGUUAAUCUGAUGAAAGAACUUCCCAAAAUAUCAACGUUGCUUUACAACGGUUUAAAGGCACACUAUGUCAAACCACAACAACAAUGUCUAUUUCAUUUAUUUUCCAGAAGGCAAUAUUCAACAGAAUCAAACCAAAUACGGCUUAGGGAUUAUCAACAGAAAUGUAUUGAUUCAUGCUUAGAUGCAUUGAACAACAAGAGAAGAAGAAUUGGUGUUAGUUUGCCCACAGGUGGUGGUAAAACUGUCGUAUUUUCAAGUUUAAUAGAUCAAGUGAAGCCUAGAGAAGGGUAUGGUAAUAAGACAUUAAUAUUAGCUCAUAGAACUGAACUUAUUCAACAAGCUGCUAAAACCGUGAAAAGCAUUCUUCCAUCAAAAUUGAUUGAAGUUGAAAUGGCCAAAUAUCACUCGUCUGGUGAUUGUGACGUUGUUGUUGCCUCAGUUCAAACGUUAAUGAGAGGAAGAUUAGAAAAAUUUAAUCCUAAAGACUUCAAAUUGUUAAUUAUAGAUGAAGCACACCAUGCUGCUGCUGACAGUUAUCGGAAAAUAAUAGAUUAUUUUGGAGGUACUCACUCUAAUUCAGAUGUUGCAAUUACCGGGUUUUCAGCUACUUUACAAAGAGAUGACGAUAAGAACUUAUCUGAUGCUUUUGAUGAAGUUGUUUUUCAUAUGACCACAGAUGAAAUGGUUAAAAGUAAACAUUUAAGUGAAGCUAAAUUCACAACAGUCAGGCUUUCAAAUGCUGAUUUGAGUAAAGUUGGUGUUUCUAAAGGUGAAUUUGUGAUAUCUAAACUUUCAAAAGCAGUUAAUAAUGAUAUCAACAAUGAAUUAGUUUUAAGAACAUACUUGCAUUUCGUUAGUACAUUGAAAGUGAAGUCUACGAUGCUAUUUGGUGUUGAUAUUAAACAUGUCAAAGACUUGACAGAGCUUUUCAGAAAUCGAGGCAUAAAUGCAGAUUAUGUUACUGCAAAUACCCAUGCAAAAGUAAGAGUUGAGGUUGUCGAUGAUUUUAGAAAAGGUAAGAUCCAGGUAUUAAUGAACUGUGGUAUCUUUACGGAAGGUACUGAUAUCCCAAAUAUUGACUGUUUAUUGUUGGUGCGUCCUACGGCUUCAAAAAAUCUUUUGAUCCAAAUGAUCGGGAGAGGUUUAAGACUUCACAAAUCUAAAGAAUUUUGUCACAUUGUGGAUUUUGUUGGUAUUAAUAACAACAAUAUUGUUUCAGUUCCAACGUUACAUGGGCUACCAGGCGAUGCAGAAAUUAGAGACCUAACACCAGAACAAAUUGAAGAAAGGAGAAUUAAACAUGAAAAGUACCUAGAGAGGAAGGAACAAGAAUUGGAAAAGCAGAAACAGCUGGAGCUAAAGAUGGAAAUUCUGAAAGCAGAAGAAUAUUUGAAAACCGGUGUUAGAGAUGACGCACCAGUUGUUGAGGUUGAUGAAUCCCAGUUUAUGAAUACAAAUAUAGAUUUACGAACCUUCGAGUCGUUUGAGGAGUUUUUGAAGAAUGGUGACCUUGGAAAAGAGACUGAUUUAUAUUAUAUUGCAUCAUCACAAUAUCCCUUGUGCCGUAUAGAUAACAAUACGUGGGUUCUUCCAUAUCCGAGCGGUAAAGGUGAUAUUCAUUUACGACUCCAAAGGCAUCAAAGGUUAGUCACAAAGGAAUUUUUUAAAGCAGUUUCAGUUACGGGAAUUUAUAAAACUAAAAGUCAAGCAGAAGCGUUGAGGGAUGCCAAAGGACCAAUUUACACACUUGCAUCAUACACUUUGAACCCACGCUUUGGAGAGAAAAUGUGGGACAAGAUGUAUAAAAGUAAAUUAUUACUGCCAUUUUCUAAAGAUGUUAGGAUACCAUUGAGUUAUAUUACAAAGCUGCUAAGAGAAGUUGCCGGUGCUAGAAAUUUGACCAAAACGGCUUUUUGGAGAUCUGAACCACCUACAAUCAAACAAUUGCGUUCUGUGGUUGCAAUGAUGAAACGUUCUUCAAAGAAACUUGAAAUCACACAUAUAAAUCAAUUACCCAACUUAACUAAAGGUGAAGUGGCUGAUUUUAUGACUUCAGUUAACAUUUCAAAUACCCAGUAUCCUAGAUCAAUAUUAUACAACAAGCUACAGAAGAAGGCCAAGGAACAAGAAGAGCUAUAUCCUGAAAAGACGUUAAAAUCUGAGUAUGAAAUUCUUCAUCCAUCAGCUCCGGAGAAAAGUACUCGUUCAUUUGAGGACUCUUCUGCAGUUUUUGAAGAUACAUCAAUAGAUAAGCCAAUGUCGUACCAGAAUUUCAAAGAAUCAGAAAAGCAGCGUCAGAAAAAGCUUCAAAAUGUUAGAAGGAAAUACCUUUACUCAAAAGGGGGAUCAUCUCCUGGCUCUAGAAGUCUUGAAGGUUUUCAUGAACCAAAGUUUUAA